UCAUUCUUCACUGAGGAGAGGAGCCAUAAAUACAGUCAGCAUCAUGUCCAGACGCAGUGGCCGGCUCACACUUCAAGCCAGAGAUUCAAACACUCCUGAGUUGACCCCGAGGCUCCCGAUCAAGAAAAGAAAGCUGCGGCUUUCCAAAAAGAAACUGCAACCUGCUGCCAAGAAACAGAGCUAUGAAAUACAGACGUGCUGGUUGGAAGAUGGGGCCGCUCCGUGCAUUCUCAUUGAAACUCCCCACAAAGAGCUGGAGCCUUCCGACCCUUCCAGUUUCAAACAAUACACAUUCAAAAACCUCUUCAUCAAGGCGUCUCCUCUUCCAACCCUCAGCUGGGCGAACUCUGAUGACCUGUGGAUUAAAAUGAUCAACAAAGAGCUGACGUACGUUCACGACAAGAGUUACAUGCAGAAACACCCCAAACUGCAGCCCAAGAUGAGGUCCAUCCUGCUCGACUGGCUCUUUGAGGUCAGUGAGGUUUACAGCCUCCACAGACAGACGGCGUACCUCGCUCAGGACUACUUCGACCGCUUCAUGCUGACUCAGGAAAAUGUCAACAAGGAGUCGCUGCAGCUCCUCGGCAUCACGGCGCUCUUCAUUGCAUCCAAGAUGGAGGAAAUCUACCCUCCGAAAAUGUUCGAGUUUGAAUACGUCACAGACGGCGCCUGUGACAGCGACGACAUCCAGCGAACGGAGCUGCAGAUGCUGAAAGCGUUGAAUUGGAAACUGUGUCCGGAGACGCCGGUCACCUGGUUGAAUCUGUACGUUCAGGUCGAAGCUCAGCAGAGCGGGGAGGACUUCCUGGAGCCUCAGUUCUCGGAGGAGAAGUACAUCCAGAUCACACAGCUGUUAGACUUGUGCAUCAUGGACAUUAAUUCAUUGGACUUCAACUACAGUAUUCUGGCUGCAGCCGCCUUCUGCCACUUCUCCACGUUCGACGUGCUUCAUCGAGUUUCAGGCCUGACGUGGGAGAACGUGUCGGAGUGCUACCGGUGGAUGAAUCCCUUCAUGCAGGCGUUAGAGUCUGAACCCAAACCUCAACUCAAGAGCUUCCCCAAAGUCCGAUCCGACGACAGACACAAUAUCCAGACGCACGUCCUCUACCUCGACAUGCUGGGAAAGGCUCAGGAGCUCCAGAGCCUGACGUCUGACCUUCAGAAGACGCCCGUGGACAAAGGGAAAGCCGUCCUGACGCCGCCCAGCAGCACGGAGAAGCCGCUCAGCUUGGCGGGCGACGCAGAGGGACACGCCAAAGACCUGGAGGACUGAAGAGACGGAGCGCCGCGACGCUGUAGCAUCUCCUCAACACUACGCUCAGACUCCCGUCUGGCUUCGUCCUUCCAGUUCCAUCAGCCUGAAACUGAAGAUUUAACAGGAAACUGCCUCUGAGGCCAUUAACCAAACUAAAAAAAAAAACACACACACACGCACACACACACACAAAAAAAACGUUUGUGUUUGAAAUGAUGUACGAGUUUGAUGUGGGGAUGUUGUCUUGGUGGAUCCACAAAGGCAGAAAGGCUCUGAUUGUUUAGUUAAACAUCGAUUUCAUGGGAAACAAUUUUUUUUUCAUACAUGUGAAGCUGUAACCGUUUAUUUCACUGGUGCUAAUCUUACAACUGAGGCUUUAAAGUUCUCAGACGGUGUUUCAGAUUCUCAGGAAAAAAUAACCCUUGAGCCUCUUUUUUAUUUUGUAUUUUAAUGUGAUUUGAUUUGGAAGUUUGUUUAAAUUAAAUGUCCCUUUUCCCCGAUAUUAAAUUAAAGCUGCCUCCCCACCAGAUGAAACAAAAUGAUCUGAUGAACCAUAAAGCCACAAUGCUUUUUGUUUAAUGUUUGCAACCUGGUUGCACUCUUGUUACAUUCCUGUGAAACUUGACAAAAGCGUGAUUUUUGCGCUAUUUUUUUCCUUUAUUUCUUUUAAAAUGUCCUUGUAUUUAUUGAUAGGCCUGUUUGUUAAUUGCAUUCGGUAAAUGU